AUGCUUACGAGCGGCCGGCGGAAGAUGGAUUCCUUAGGAAAUCAGUACCCCAUUUCCGCUUUCGACAGCACACGGCCCGCGGGUCUUUCAUCGUGGACUAGUAGCUGUAGUCUCGCUGACACCGUAACAGCAGGCUCUGAACUGCCAACUAGCACGUCCGAUGCAUUCCUUCUCAAUGACGAUGGGGACACGGAAGAUUUUGUAGAGAACUUGAGACAAGGACAAUCUAACGUCCUCGUUGCAGUUCGUGUGAGGCCUCUCCAUCCAAAGGAAACCCAAGCUGGAUGCAGGCAGAUUGUUCGCGUCCUCGGCAACAAAGUGGUGUUGCUGCUGGACCCAGGCCCAAGCAGUCAGGAUGAUGUCCUCCGGCUGAAGCGCAGUAGAGAAAAAAGGUACGCGUUCGACUACGCCUUUGACGAACACACUGAUCAGCAGUCUGUGUAUGAGAGCACGACCAAAUUCCUCACUGACGGAGUGCUGCAAGGAUACAAUGCAACAGCAUUCGCCUACGGAGCUACUGGGGCGGGGAAAACGCAUACGAUGCUGGGUUCCUACCAGCAGCCAGGUGUCAUGGUAUACACCCUGAGGGACUUGUUCACCCGUAUCGAGAAGCAAACUGAAAAUAAAGACUUCCUCGUCAAGUGCUCAUUCCUCGAAAUAUACAACGAAAAUGUCCGCGAUCUGUUGGAUAUUCGCAAUGAAACCUGCGAAGUCCGAGAAGAUCCUGGAAAAGGAAUAUCCAUCGCGGGCAUCAGUGAGACAGAGGUUCGCACUGCUGAAGAGAUACUCGUCCUUCUUCAGACCGGCAACAAGAACAGAACCCAAGAGUCGACGGACGCCAACCAGACAAGCAGUCGCAGUCAUGCAAUCCUUCAGGUGCUUGUGACUGAAACAGAUCGUGCACAAGGAACUACAGCCCAGUUCGCCAUCGGCAAACUCUCUAUGGUAGACCUGGCUGGGAGUGAGCGAGCUUCACAGACCAACAACACCGGAAUCCGUAUGGUGGAAGGAGCAAAUAUCAACCGCUCGCUUCUCGCACUGGGGAAUGUGAUCAAUGCCCUCUCUGACAAAAGGCGAACUAACCGAAACUCUUUCGUCCCCUACCGUGACAGCAAGCUGACCCGUUUACUCAAGGACUCGCUGGGCGGUAGUUGUCGGACGGUGAUGAUCGCAAACGUGUCUCCAGCACACACUCAGUUUGAGGAUACACACAACACUCUGAAGUACGCAAAUCGGGCCAAAAACAUCAAGACAGCCGCAAAGCGGAACAUUCUCAACGUCAAUUACCACCUCGAGAAGUACACCCACAUCAUCGAUGGACUCCAGGCCGAAGUCAGCACGCUAAGGGCGAAGCUGGCUUCAGCAGCCAUUUCGCCUUCUACUCGGAAGGCAGAAAGGUUAGAAAGGCAACUGCAUUCGAAUCUCGCCGCCUACCAAAAUCUCGAGCGCAGCGUCCUGGAGUCUGCACAACCACAAGGCGACGUGCAUGCGCUAGUUUGCCUGGUGAAGCAGAUGGACAGCUUGCUUCAAAAUAAUAAUCAUCUGCAGGUGAGUGCCAGAACUAUCGUUAACGAUUUGCUAAGCAUGGGACAGUUCAGCGAAGUCGUGUACUGCAACGCGGCAUGUUAG